CUGCUGCAGCGGGCUCCUCCACGCCGAUGCCCAGCCUGCUUGCCUGCCUCCAGCAGAGAGCGGUGAGUGGUUGGAUGUGAGCGCCACCGACCUGCUGCUGUCUCUACUUCCAGAUCGAAGAUGGCGGUCUCGGUGUUCCCCGGCGUGCGGCUCCUCUCCAUCGGAGACGCGAACGGAGACAUCCAGCGGCACUCGGAGCAGCAGCCCCUGCGGCUAGAAGUGAAAACCUCACAGGACGCGGCCCUCAUCAAUCUCUCCAAUGGAGAGGAGGCGAGUGUGUUCAAGUGUUCGGUUUCCAGGGAGACGGAGUGCAGCCGCGUGGGGAAGCAGUCGUUCAUCAUCACACUGGGCUGCAACAGCGUCCUGCUGCAGUUCUCCUCACCUGCAGACUUUCAGUCCUUUUAUAACCUCCUGAAGAAUUGUCGUGGACAUCUUACUGAGCACUCAGUCUUCAGCGACAGAACAGAGGAAUCCUCUGCUGUACAGUAUUUCCAGUUUUAUGGCUACCUCUCCCAGCAACAGAACAUGAUGCAGGACUAUGUUCGGACAGGGACUUAUCAGCGGGCUAUUCUCCAGAACCACACCGACUUUAAGGAUAAGGUGGUGCUGGAUGUGGGUUGUGGCUCGGGGAUUCUCUCUUUCUUUGCAGCUCAGGCUGGAGCCAGGAAGGUCUACGCUGUGGAGGCCAGCACCAUGGCACAGCAUGCCGAGGUGCUGGUGAACAGUAACCGUCUAGGGGAGCGCGUGGUCGUCAUCCCGGGGAAGGUGGAGGAGGUGACGCUGCCCGAGCAGGUGGACAUUAUCAUCUCAGAGCCCAUGGGCUACAUGCUGUUCAACGAGCGCAUGCUGGAGAGCUACCUGCACGCCAAGAAAUUCCUCAAACCCAACGGUAAAAUGUUCCCCACCAUCGGAGACGUCCACUUGGCCCCCUUCACAGACGAGCAGCUCUACAUGGAACAGUUCACCAAGGCCAACUUCUGGUACCAGCCCUCCUUCCACGGUGUAGACCUCUCUGCCCUACGAGGGGCAGCAGUGGACGAGUAUUUCCGCCAGCCAAUUGUGGACACGUUUGAUAUCCGUAUUCUGAUGGCCAAGUCGGUCAAAUACACGGUGAACUUCCUGGAGGCCAAAGAAGACGAUCUCUACAGGAUAGAGAUUCCCUUUAAGUUCCACAUGAUGCACUCAGGCCUGGUGCACGGCCUGGCUUUCUGGUUUGAUGUGGCAUUCAUGGGAUCAGUGAUGACGGUAUGGCUGUCCACGGCACCCACAGAGCCUCUCACCCACUGGUAUCAGGUGCGCUGUCUGCUGCAGUCUCCUCUCUUCACCAAGGCUGGGGACACGCUGUCCGGCACUGCACUGCUGGUGGCCAACAAGAGACAAAGCUACGACAUCAGUAUUGUUGCCCAGGUGGACCAGACAGGAUCAAAGUCCAGCAACCUCCUGGACUUGAAGAACCCCUUUUUCAGGUACACAGGCACCACCCCCAACCCCCCUCCUGGCUCACACUACACCUCCCCAUCUGAGAACAUGUGGAACACAGGGGCGGCCUACAGCAUGAGUCAGGGGAUGGCUGUAUCAGGGAUGCCAGCAGCUUAUGACCUCAGCACAGUCAUCGGCAGCGGCCCGUCAGUGUCUCACAACAACCUCAUCCCCCUGGUGAACACAGGGAUUGUAAACCACACCCACUCCAGGAUGGGCUCCAUCAUGAGCACAGGAAUUGUCCAGGGAGCCACUACGGGCCAGUCGGGUCCCAGCAGCAGCGGUACUUACUAUCCCGUCACCAACCAGUUCACCAUGGGGGGUGCUGCCAUCUCCAUGGCCUCGCCUAUGGUCAUCCCCAGCAACACCAUGCAUUACGGCAGUUAAGACGAAGACCUUGCAAAGACCUAUUUGACCUCCCGUGCCCCCGCAUGACAAGCGAUCCUCCCUCUCCUCCCCCCCGCCCUCCAACCCUAACUGAUCCACCAACCGCAGCCAAAACCAGUAUACCAAAACCAGUGCUGUGCUGGCACUUCCUCCCCUCAUUCGUCGCCCUCUUUCUACUCUGUUCAGUCCAUCACUAGAUGAAUGGUCGAACGCUCUCGUAUCCGUCCAGACUCUUGUCUUGCUGAAAGCUGAGGCCUCCUUUCACCCCUCUUCUUGAAUUCAUUGAGACUGUACCACAUUUGAGAUGCACAGCAGCUGCCCCCCUCGUCCCUGGGUCCCACCUUCCUCCCUCUACAUCUAUCUCAGUCCCUCCACUCCGUUCGUUUUUGUGUGUCAUGACCCUUACAGUGUUUGUCCUCUCCUAAGAAUCUGAGUUGCCAGAUACCAGCAUCAGUCCGUUCCCACCAUCCUCCACCCCAGAGCGAAGCUUCUCAGUUGUGCAGCAGGACACUAUUAUCAUCAUCUUCAUCAUCAUCAUCACAGCUGCCACCUCGGCUUUUCAUAUCGGAUCCGAUCUUCAAGGCUCCUCCGCACUUCUCUGAAGAGACUGACUCACGCCAGACAAAACGCUUCCUUCAGUCACAUAAAAACAUAUUUUUCCUGCGUUAUCUUAGUUUACUCGUGCAGUUUGGUUUCAGGCACAGGCGGAUAUAUCAGAAACUGAAACCAUAUACAUGAUCCGGCACCCUAAGGAACCUGUAGAAAAUGUGCUUUUUUUACCACCUGGGACAAACCGAUCCUUUAAGUUCUGCUCGGACGCUUUGGUGUUGCUGUAUUCUGCUAAAAUUCACAUAAACAUAAAGUUUUGGGAGAACAAUACGCUGGUCGCCUUCCGUGUUGAGCAUCGAGAUAAACAGGAGCCAUGAAGAACUUUUCGUCUCCGUCGUUGGUUCUAAUCCUGUUUGCUAAUUUCUCAGAAUCACUACGUUGACUGGAAGUGUGGAUGCUAGCUACGCCUUCAUGCUAGCAUGUUAGCACACAUUACUGUAAGUGAUAGCUGGCCUCAAUAGAGCGUUGUGUAUUUGCUCUUUUUAAAGCUGCAUGAAUUUAAACGGUGAACCCAACACUGAUAUGAUAAACCAGAAAGUUAUUACGGUGGACACAACGUUUUGACAGCUCAAAAAAAUGUAGGUCCAAAGUCCACCAUCCGUUUCGUACGGUUUUUUAAGUUUUUCUACAAAAAUGAAUGCUCCCUCUGUGUUCACCAGGUAGCUGCUAGCUUUGUCUGUAUUUGUUGCUAUUGAAAAAUUUUACUAGAAAUAUUUUCCUGCUCGAAACUUGAUGCCGGUACACCAAAGCAGACAAACACAUUUCUGGAUGAGCUAAAGAUGCUAAAAAGUUCCACCUUAUGGCAUCUUUUAGCACUUGAACUGCUGGAUAAGUAAUGAUAAUCUCUGACUUUGUCGCUGCUUAUCUCUCAGAUGUUGUAGUUGAACUUUCUUGUUCAUUUAUUGUCAAAAAGACAUUUUAGAAUCACUUGUACCUUCAGAAGCAUUGCUGGGCCAGCAGUAGGAUGUCUGGAUGUCAGGAUAGUGAGGUCGCAAGUUGCACCACAAACUCAUAGGAGCUGUUGGAAGAUGUUUUGUGUCGGCUCGAUUUCCUGUCCCACCUCCAGUUUUAGCCCCAACUUCAAACAUUUAAAUUAAUAAUAAUAAUAGAGUCUUUUAAUCUACGAGUUUGAUGGCAAACCAGCAUGUUUCGUGUGAUGCUGGACAGUUUAAAGCUGCUACAGGCUCUGAUUCUGUCACUUCGUAGGCAGAGUUAAGGCCUCAGGAGGCUUCAAACCAAGUCGGUUGCCUGACGCGUCGAAUGAUCCCGUUUAGAGGAACGUGUUUGUAGCUGGUCUGACCUCAGGAUGGGCCAUAAACUUGCUGUCAGAACAAGAGCUCUGGGUUUUUGUUGUCAGAGCAAUGAAUUGCACAAAGCCUUUCAGUUGUUGCACUUGCUUGUACUGAAAAGGUGAUAGAAGUAAUUGUAUGAAUAAGGAUUAAAGGGAGGUUUAGAGGGAAAGUGGAACCUUGCUUUCACACUUUUACACAAUCUGCUAUUUUCUGUCAAGGCAAAGUGUUUGUCUGAUGUUGUGUGCUUUGGGUUGAAGCAUCCAGAGGAGCUGUUAGCAACCUGUGGAUGAUUCCAGAGUUGUCUCGAUGCCCGACAUGGAAGGUGACCAACAGGACAGUCUGGUAAAAAAACUUCUGUUCAAGCUUCAGUCCUGUUGAAACAUGAAAUGCACUUUCUGCUGCUCCCGGUUUCUUCCCCCGAUAGCCGUUUCUAGCCGAGAGGACGUUGCAGCAGCCGUUUGUUGAGCCAGAUCGCUCCGGCACAGUUGGAGGAAGCAGAUUGGAAGAACGAACCAGUGAGGACCAAUGACCCAGAGGCAGACAGCCGGUUGCCAGAAAGAGGGAAGCUGUGCUGGAUCGGCAGCGUCCUAGUUUACAUCCUUCCCCUCCUCCUCUGAGACUGUGAGACUGUCGCUAAGAGACUUGGAUGUGGAGGCGUGGGAGCCGGGGCCUGUCCUGCCUCCUCCCUCCUCGUCUGUUCACCACGUAUGACCUCCAACAUAUCAUCUCCCCGACACGCCCCACGCCCUCGUCCCUUUUUUAUCAGUCAAGGAAAGAAGGACUGACACAUUUAUGCAUUGCUUCCAGUGUCACAACUAUUGGAAUUUCUGAGUUUAGCGAGUUGUAAGAGAGCUGAUGAAAAAAAAAUAAUGUCUCUUUGUAGGAUUAACCUUUUUGUUGUCUAUUUUUUGUUUUAUUUUUCCUUUCACAAAAAACAAACGAUUAAAAAAAAGAGAGAGAGAGAGCAAAUUAAAUGUGGCAAAGUUGUUCCAAAACCCAUCCUGGAAUCAGGUGUUGUAGUACUUUUAAUGAAUAGACUGUGGACACGCCAGAUGUUUACCGUGUGCUAGCUAGCCGUUAGCCGUCAUGUCCCUUCUGUCAUGGAAUCAUUGCUGUGUAGUCGAUUAGUGGCAUCCACUCUGAUCAUGGAAACGUGUAUGAGGAAGACUGUGUGUCAUGUUCUGUCAUUUCUGUGUGUUUACAACCAGUAAUUACACCUUUUCACUGUCUGA